UGAAGGAAACUGUAAGUCAUCCAUAACUCCUGUGGUUCAGUUGAUCAGUUCAGUGUCAGUCGCCCGAGGCUGGAAAACGGGAAACAUAACCAGCGCCAACAUGGACGGCGCUGGUUUGAGUCGGAUAUGUGUUGGUCUGAUUGUCUCUGUUUGGAUCCAUGUCGUUACUGGAAGUCCAAUAGGUAGCACCACCAUAACCUGUGGUUCAGCGUCUACCACUGUAAAUCUGGGUCCUGUGGAUGAAGGAUAUACAGGUGAUGUGGAGCUGGUGUCCGGUAUUCCAGUUGGUACUAUUGUGACGCUGGAGCCUGACCUGUCACCUGAGCAUCUUGAGUUUCUGGAGAUGAUCUCCACUCCAGGGAGAACCACAGCGACUGUUCGCACCAAGAAGCCGCUCGACGCCGACGUCCUCACUGUGACUGAUAGAGUGCUGCACUACGCUUUGGUUUGUGACAAUUCCAGAAACUUCCGCAGGCUGAUAAUCACUGAUGUCAACGACAACAGUCCAGUAUUUGAUAAGAAGUUUUAUUCUCAAAAUAUUUCAGAGAAUCAUGUUGUCAACACUGAGGUUCUGCAAGUGAGAGCCGUGGAUGCAGACAGCACACCUGAAUUCAACCUCUUCACAUAUUCCUAUACUCCAGUAACACAAGACUUUACCUUAUCAAACUCCGGGGCGUUUAUGUUAAUCAGACCUCUGAACUACAACGUUGUACCAAAGUACAAUUUUAUUGUCACUGCCACGGACAAUGGCGGAAACAACGACACAACCUCAGUUGAGAUCGUUGUAGAAGACUUUGACAACUUAAAUCCCUUUUUCAGCCACAGUCUCUACCAGGCUGUUGUUCCAGAGAACCAGGUAAUUGAGUUUAUUGGGUCAUUUAUUUUUGCUGCUGCAGGUGAUGUGGAGCUGGUGUCCGGUAUUCCAGUUGGUACUAUUGUGACGCUGGAGCCUGACCUGUCACCUGAGCAUCUUGAGUUUCUGGAGAUGAUCUCCACUCCAGGGAGAACCACAGCGACUGUUCGCACCAAGAAGCCGCUCGACGCCGACGUCCUCACUGUGACUGAUAGAGUGCUGCACUACGCUUUGGUUUGUGACAAUUCCAGAAACUUCCGCAGGCUGAUAAUCACUGAUGUCAACGACAACAGUCCAGUAUUUGAUAAGAAGUUUUAUUCUCAAAAUAUUUCAGAGAAUCAUGUUGUCAACACUGAGGUUCUGCAAGUGAGAGCCGUGGAUGCAGACAGCACACCUGAAUUCAACCUCUUCACAUAUUCCUAUACUCCAGUAACACAAGACUUUACCUUAUCAAACUCCGGGGCGUUUAUGUUAAUCAGACCUCUGAACUACAACGUUGUACCAAAGUACAAUUUUAUUGUCACUGCCACGGACAAUGGCGGAAACAACGACACAACCUCAGUUGAGAUCGUUGUAGAAGACUUUGACAACUUAAAUCCCUUUUUCAGCCACAGUCUCUACCAGGCUGUUGUUCCAGAGAACCAGGACGGGGAUCUCAGUGAAAUACGACCAGAACCAAUAAAGGCCCAAGAUGGAGACACUGGGAUCAACGAGACGAUAACAUACAGCAUCACUUCAGUCUCUCCUGUCGAUUACCAAGCAAACUUCAACAUCGACGCCGACACCGGAGUUCUGACUGUGGUGACGUCGUUUGACAGGGAGGAAAUGGACAGAGGUGAAAUCUCUGUCAACAUAAAGGCGGCCCAGACAGACGACCCUCUGAAGACCGCCGAUGCCGUCGUCUCCGUCACGGUGGAAGAUGUGAACGACAACGCUCCAGAGUUUGAUCAGUCGAGUUACAACGUCUUCCUUCUGAAAAACUCCUUCACUAAUACGGUCACUGAUUUGGACCAGAAUAUCACUACCAUCAGAGUGAGCAUCACAGACGACGACAACAAACCCGAGUUCAGCUCCAGCAGCUAUGAAACCAGCACCGUGGAGAAGAGGCAGCUGGUGCUGACGCUGAGAGCCACUGACAAAGACACCGGGAACAACUCGCUCAUCACCUACAGUUUCUCUGAAGGACAUUCACCAUAUUUGGCCUUAGACAGUGAAACAGGAGAAGUGACGCUGACCUAUGACCUUGCUGAUGUAACAGAAGACUUCACACUGGUUCUGACAGCCGAGGCCACAGAUCAUGGCAAACCUCCACUCAGCACCACAGCUCGUGUUGUGGUGAACAUCAUGAAUGCCAGUCUGGCGUUCCAGAGCUCCUCCUACAACUUCAGCCUGAAAGAGAACCAGAAUUCGGGGGCCUUCGUGGGGCAGGUCCAAGCCUCCGCAGGAAGCAACCUGUACAACGUUUCCUACGAACUGAGAACACACAAAGACCUGUUCUCCAUCGACAGCGAUGGCUCCAUCGUUUCCACAAAAGAGCUGGACAAGGAGGAGCAGGAGUGGUACAUCCUGGAUGUGGAGGCUGUGACCACAUGGACGCCUCCUACCUCAGCAGUGGCCAUGGUCAGAAUUCAGGUGGAGGAUGUAAACGAGCCUCCAGCGUUCUCCUCAGACGAUUAUGAAGCCUCUGUGUUCAGCAUCGCCCCGUACAAAAUCCCAGUCAUCCAAGUGAAGGUAAACUCCUCCUAUCGUACAAAACCCCAGUCAUCCAAGUGA